UCUAUUGGACUCUGGAACACACCUUCUUAACUCCUCUGUGUUUUCUUGUAUAUCUUUUUCUUUUGCAUGUUGAUGCUAAUAUAGUGCUGAAUUGUACUGUCCAGGAAGACGGCGCGUUGAACCCAGGCUGCCUCCUCUCAGGACAGCGCCCCCUCCUGCUCAAGAUGGAGGGUGAAUUUGGGAACGAGCGGAUCCGGGAGCUGCAGGAGCAGCGCAUGACCGUCCAGAAAAAGACUUUCACAAAGUGGAUCAACAACGUCUUCUACAAAAACAAGGUUGAUAUAGUGAUCAGGGAUAUGUACACAGAGCUGAAGAGCGGUGUCUAUCUGAUCAGGCUGCUGGAGCUCAUCUCUGGAGAGAAGCUGGCCUCUCCGAGCAAGAAGAGCAUGAGAGUGCACUACCUGGAGAACAACAGCAUUGCCAUCCGCUUCCUCAAGACCAAGAUAAGAGUGGAUCUGAUUGGCCCGGAGAACGUUGUCGAUGGCGACCGCACUCUGAUCCUGGGUCUCAUCUGGAUCAUCAUUCUGCGCUUCCAGAUCUCGUCCAUCACGCUGGACGAGGAGGAGUUUGGUGUCAGUGCCGCUCGCCGCUCUGCGAAGGAGGCCCUGCUGAUCUGGUGCCAGCGCAGGACAGCCGGCUACAACAACGUCUGCGUGCAGGACUUCUCAGGCAGCUGGAGAGACGGCCUUGCCUUCAACGCUCUGAUACACGCCCACCGGCCCGACCUGCUUGAUUACGGCUCCCUGCAGCCGGACCAGCCCCUGGUGAACCUGCGCACCGCGUUCAGGGUGGCAGAGAGCGUGCUGGGCAUCUCGUGCCUGCUGGACCCCGAGGACGUGGCCGUGCCCCACCCCGACGAGAAGUCCAUCAUGACCUACGUGUCUCUCUACUACCACUACUUCAGCAAGCUGAAGCAGGGCCAGACUGUGCAGAAAAGGAUCUCCAAGAUCGCGGGGCUGCUGAAGGAGCACGAGGACCUGAGGCAGCAGUAUGAGAAGAUGGUGUCCGACCUGCUGGCCUGGAUCAAGGCCAAGGUGCUGGAGCUCGACGACCGGUGCUUCCCCAACUCCCUGCAGGGCGUGAAGCAGCUGGUGAGCCUCUUCAAGGACUACCGCACGCGGGAGAAGCCGCCCAAGUACCAGGAGCUCGGGGCCCUGGAGGCCCUCUUCUUCAACCUCCGCACCAGGCUGAGGGCCAACAACCAGCGUGCCUACCUGCCUCCCGAGGGCUGGGGACUGGGGGACGUGGAGAGGCAGUGGGGGGCGCUGGAGCGGGCAGAGCACGGCCGGGAGAGGGCCCUGCAGGAGGAGUUGCUGAGGCUGGAGCAGCUGGAGCAGCUGGCGCAGAAAUUCAGGCGCAAGGCGGCACUACGCGAGGGCUACCUGGUGGACACCGGCAAGCUCCUAGCCAAGCAGGACUAUCGAGCCCUGCGGAGCCCGGAAGAAGCACAGGCUGCCACCUGCAGGCUGGAGGCCCUCACUGCAGACCUGCACUCCCAGGAGCAGCGAUUCCGUGCUCUCCGUGACAUGGCAGCCGUGAUCGAGAGGGAGGAUUAUCAUAGCAAGGGGCAGAUCACACAGAGAGAGGAGGCGAUCGCUCAGCGAUGGAGAGAGUUGCUGCAGCAGCUGCAGAGACACCGAGAGACCCUACAGGGCGUUGUGCAGACUCUGGGGCUGCUGAGGGACAUUGAGGGGGUGUCACAGGACCUGCAAGAGCUGCAGGCCUUGGCCUCCUCUCCAGACUAUGGGAAGCACCUCCCGGAGACUGAAGCCCUGCUGCAGAGGCAGGAUCUGCUGGACUCUCAGAUCUCCUCUCAGGGGGAGGCGCUACGGAGCCUGACUCUGAGAGUGGAGGGGCUCAAGGCUGAGCAGCAGGUACAGACCCAGGUGCGAGCCCUCAACACCCAGUACCAGAACCUGGAGGCUCAAAGCAGGAGCAGGAGGCAGGCCCUGCUGCAGCAGCUCGAGGUGUUUGAGUUCUUCAGGGACUGUGAGGAGGUCGAGUCCUGGGUCUACGAGAAGUGGCAGCUUGUUCGAACCUCCAGCCUGGGGAGAGACCUCAACCAGAUCCUGCUGACCACCCAGAAACUCAAGGCUCUGGAAGCGGAGGUGCUUUCCUAUAAGCCCCUGUGCAGCGGGGUGGUCAAGAGAGGUCACGACCUCUGCAGGAAGGGUCACCCGAAUGAGCGGGAGAUCAGGAAGUGGGCGGAGACUCUGCAGAGGCAGUGGCAGCAGCUGACAGACGAGGUGGCCAAUCGCAAGACACGACUGCAGGCGGCAGUGCUCAUCAAACAGUAUUUUGUCGAUGUGAACGAGGCGGACUCCUGGCUUCGAGAGAGGCAGCCCCUGCUCACCAGUGAGGAUUGUGGGAAGGACGAGUCAAGUGCAGAGGCCCUGCUGCAGCGCCACCUGCGGCUGGAGAAGGAGAUAGCAGCUUACUCAUCGGAGGUGAAGCGGCUGGGGGAGCAGGCCAAGAGCGCCGCCCUGCAGGCCCCUCUCACUGAGGAGCCCCAGGAGAAGCUGAGGGUGCCCGACAGUGCUUCCUCAGAGGAGGAGGGCGAUGGGAAGGAGAGAGGACGGCCGCUGAGCCGGAGAGCAGCUGGAGGGAGGAAGCUUGAACCAGGGGCCGGGGGGAGCGCACAGCCUGCACAAGCCAAGAUGAGAUUGACCUUCAGAGAUGGGAAGCUGGAGUUCCCCCGGGGUCAGGUGAUGGAGGUGCUGAGUCAGGGGGACGGUGACAAGUGGAGGCUGAAGAACAGUAAGGGAGAGGUGGCACUGGUUCCAGUCUCCCACCUCGCUGAGCUCCAAGCCAAGGUGGUGGUGGACUCCCCGAUGUUGAAGAACGGAGUUAAGGGGAGCCCCCUGACCAAGGUGAGCCGGCCCAGGCGCAGUCGCUCGAUGCGUCGCGGCACCACAGAGAUCCAGUUCAGCUCAGCGACCGGACCCGACCCGCACCUCGACCCAGACACCAUCCGCAGCACCCAGAGCGAGCUGGACUCCGAAUUCAACACCCUGCUCAGACUGGCCCAGACUCGGAGGACAGCCCUGGAGGAGACGAUCCGGCUCUUCCGAUUCUACAGCAUGUGUCGGGAGUGUGAGUCCUGGAUGGGGGACAAGGAGAACGUGCUCAACACCUUCCAGCCCAAAUCCGAAAACGUGGAGGUCAUGCAGGUCAAGUACCAGAACUUCCUGAUGGAGCUGGCUAGUGGGAGGAGCCGACUGGAUGACAUCACCAGGCUGGGGGAGGAGCUAGUGAAGAGCGGCCACAGCAAGGAGGACGAGAUCCGGGCGAGAGAGGAUCAGGUCACCCACAGGUGGGAGCGGCUGCAGCACCUCAAGGAUGAGAAGGGGCGGGAGCUGCAGGGCACGGCCGAUGUCAAGUCCUUCCUGCAGAGCUGCCAGGACGCCCGGACCCUGCUGCAGGAGAAACUGGCCCAGCUGGAGGGCACCGAGCUGGGCAGCACCUCACCCGCUCUGGAGGCUGAACGCCGCAGGCAGGGCCAUGCCGAGAGAGAGAUCCAGGCGUUGGAGAGGAGGAUCGAGUACCUGAAGGGCAUAGCCAAGAUGAAGCAGGACUCGAGCCCAGCGGAGAGUGCUGCGAUCCUGGCGGAGGUGCGCGAUCUGGAGCGCCUGCUGGAGCGAGUGAAGGCGCAGGCAGAGGGGCGGAGGAGAGGAGUGGAGGAGGGGCUGCACAGGGCUCGCUUCCUCCAGGAGACUCGGGACUUGCAGCUCUGGGCGGAGGGGGCUCGGGACAGGCUGGGGGGGCAGGAGAGCGGCUCUGACCUGGCCUCCGCAGAGAGGCUGCUGCAAGAGAACCAGGACCUCCGGAAAGAGAUGGACGCACAGCGGGAGAGGUUGCAGUCAGCAGAGGUGCUGGGGGACUCCCUGUCCAGCUGCUCUCCUGGCAGUGCCUCUGAGGUGAGACAGACUCUGAGCAAGCUGAACCGCCAGUGGGCAGAGCUGGACCAGCUGUGGGCCAAUCGGGACAAGCGCCUGAAUGAGGGGGUGGAGUUGCAGCACUUCAACCGCGAGGCUGACCGGAUCGAGGCGGCGCUGUCGAGUCAUGAGGCCAGGCUUCGAGUGCAGGACCUGGGGGACUCAGUGGACAGUGUGCAGAGCCUGCUGAAGAGACAGGAUGAGCUGGAGAGCCUAGUGAAGGUGCUGGACCCCAGGAUCAGGGGUCUGCAGGAGAAGGGGGACCAGCUGGCAGGGAAACGGCACUUUGCUGCUAAAAACAUCCAGCAGAGGGCGCAGGCAGUGCAGCGCCGGAGAGAGCAGCUGGGAGAGAGCAGGGACUCCAGGAGGAAGAAGCUGCAGGAGUCACUGAAACAUCAGGAGUUUAACCGCGAUGCCGCAGAGAUGCUCCUGUGGAUGGAUGAGAAGUUCAUGAUCGCGGAGGACGAAUCGUACCGAGACCCGACCAACGUCCUGCUCAAACUGAAGAGACACGAAGCAGCAGAGAAGGAGAUGCAGGCUAACCAAGUGCGACUGGAGGGACUCAAACAGGCGUGUGCGGCGAUGCUGGCGGAGGGUCACGGUGCCCGUCACGCGCUCCAGGAGAAGAUGGGAGAUGUGAGCAGCAGGUGGGCGGAGCUGCAGGGGAAGAUGACGGAACGUGGAGACAAGCUGAGGCAGGCCGGGCAGCAGGAGCAGCUGAUGGAGCUUCUGCAGGAUGCCAAGGUGAACAUGGAGGCGAUCGAGAGGAUGCUGCAGGACGCUGGGAAAGGUCACGACCUGCGCUCCAGCCGGCAGCUGCUGAAGGAACACCGGCAGCUGGAGAGCGAGACGCACGAGCUGGCGGAGAAGAUGAACGCCAUCGUGAGCCGCGCAAAGAACAUGGCAACCAACCACUUCGACUCCCAGAGGAUCCUGAGAGAGACGCAGAAAUACCUGGACAGGUUCGAGUCCCUGCAGCGCCCCCUGUCUCAGCGGAGGACCCAGCUGGAGGCAUCGGUGGUGCUGUAUGAGUUCUACCACGACCUGGACCUGGAGCGAGGCUGGGUCUCGGAGCGCCGGCCCGGAGCAACCUCCACAAACUACGGGAGGUCACUGGACACCGCACAGAGCCUGCUGCAGAAACACAGGGAGCUCCAGGUGGAGGUGAAUGCUCACAAGCAGCACCCCCAGCGAGUCCUGGAGAAGGGGAGGGUGAUGGCCGGCUCUCUGCUCUUCAGUGGAGAGGACAUCGCGGAGCGGAGCAGACAGCUGGGAGAGGACUGGGAGGAGCUGGAGAGCGCCUGCGAGCACAGGGCUGCAGGGCUGCUGCACUCUGUCGCACUGCAGCAGUUCCAGCAGGACGCUGCUGAGCUGGAGUCCCGACUGUCUGAGACCCUCCCUCUGGUCAGCAGUGAUGAUUAUGGGAAGAGCGAGCUGGGCACUCUGAGCCAUGUGAAGAAGCACAAGGCUGUGCUCGCUCAGAUCGAGGCGUUGGGUGGACAGGCUGCAGAGCUGCGGCGCAGUGUGGAGAGGGCAGGGAGAGGAGCUGGGGGACUUGGGUUCGACGAGGUGGACCGGCCUCAGGAUCACAUCCAGAGCCAGCUGAGCAAAAUACAGCACCUCGCCAGCAUCAGGUCCCAGCGGCUGGAGGAGGCUCUGCUUCAUCACGAGUACCAGCGGGAGUCCACUGAGCUGAAGGAGUGGAUCGCUGAGCAACGGCAACACGCCUGCUCUCAGGAUUACGGGAACGACUAUGAACACGUGCAGCUCCUGAGAGGGACGUAUGAGGGGCUGCAGCGCCUCCUGGAGGUGGGUGCGGAGCGGGUACGAGGAUGCCAGGAGCUUGCCGAUUCCAUCAUCCUUCACGGGCACCCCCAGUCCCGGGACAUCCGACAGACUCAGGACCAGCUCAGGCAGUCCUGGGAGGAGCUGAGGGAGCUGGCUCGGGUUCGAGGGCAGAGGCUGCAGGAAGCGGAGGAAAUCCACAAGAUCCACCGAGACCUGACUGACGCCCUCGCUAACAUCGAGGAGAAAUACAAAAGCAUCCCUGACAAUAUUGCAAAGGACCUGCGGGGGGCGCUAACACAGCUCCGCAAGCACGAGGCACUGGAGCACGAACUGGCUGGAAACGAGCAGCAGCUGCAGGAGCUGCUGGACAGAGCGGACAAGCUGCUGGUUGGCUGCCCCCCUGAGCUGGCUGGAGCCCUGCAGGAGAGGCAGCAGGAGGUGGUGGAGAGCUGGGAGAGGCUGCGAGUGAAAGUGGAGCAGAGGAGAGAGGACCUGGAGCAGACCUGCCAUCGACACCAGUUCAUCAACACUGUGCAGGACUAUGUGCUGUGGUGCGCGGAGGUGCUGAGGGGGGUGCGCGUGGAGGAGUCGGUGCGUGAUGUGUCGGCCUGCGCCCUGCAGCUCACCCUGCACCAGCAGCUCCGUGCGGAGAUGGACGCCCACGAGGAGACAUACAGCCUGGGGCUCAGCCUGGGACGGGAGCUGCUGCAGGAGGAGAGCCCAGCCGCCAGAGAGAUCCAGGACAAGCUGCAGGCGCUGAAUGAGGCGCGGGAGAGUCUGUACCAGCAGUGGGAGCUGAAGAGGGGCUGGCUGGAGAGGAUGCACCUGGAGCAGAUCUACUACAGAGACAUCACACACAUGGAGAAGAUCCUCAACUCACAGGAGAUCCAUUUAAAGAGCAGUGCUCUAGGGGAUUCGGUGGACGAGACAGAGAGACUCAUCAAGAGACACGAAGCCUUCGAGAAGCUGCUGCGCUCCCAGGAGGAGAAGGUGACCUCCCUGCAAGAGCAGGCGGAGGAGCUGAAGAAGGAAGGCUUGAAGAAGGACAGAGCGGCUCACGUGCAGCACAAACUGAAAUCCGUCCUGGAGAGGAGAGGGCGAGUGAAGGAGCUUUCAUCGCUGAGACGCGAGGAGCUCCGCACAGCCCAGCUGCACGCACUCUUCAACAGGGACCUGGCGGAGGCUGAAGGCUGGAUUGCUGAGCGGAUGGAGAAGCUGCAGGAGGACUCCAGGAAGGAUCUGAGUGAGCUCAGGGUGAAGAUGAAGCUGCUGCAGAAGCACCAGGCCUUCGAGGCCGAGAUCCUGGCGCACACAGAGAUCAUCGCCGCAGUGCAGCAGGCGGGUGAGGCGCUGGUCUCGCUGCACCACCCCAGGUCCUCGGAGGUGCGGCGGGGUGCCAGGGCUCUGCAGGACCACUGGGAGGCGCUGUGCAGGGCGGUGGUGGCGCGUGGGAAGCUGCUGGAGGACAGCAGAGACUUCCUGGAGUUCCUGCAGAGAGUGGAGCAGGUGGAGGCCUGGAUCAGACACAAGGAGGUGAUGAUCAAUGUGGGUGAUGUCGGUGAGGAUUAUGAGCACGGGCUGCAGCUGCUGAAGAAACUCAACGAGUUCAGGGGCUCCGGCACAGGGGAAGUGACCGUGGACGACGCCCACAUCAAGGCUAUUAAUGCUCAGGCCAGCCGGCUGGAGAGGCAGAACAAAGAGGAAGUGACCACUGUCCGGCAGCGCAGACUGCAGCUCAACGAGAGAUGGAACAGUUUCCAUGGCAACCUGAGUCGUUACCGGAAGAGGCUGGAGGGGGCGCUAGAGGUGCACUCACUGAUCAGAGAGCUGGAGGAGAUUCGGGAGAGGAUCGGGGAGAAGAGUUUGCUGAUGCAGGGGCUGGACUGGGGACAGGACGUGGAGACCGUGGAGAUUCUGAUUCGCCGGCACGAGGAGACGCUGCGAGAGAUCAGAGUCAUCCAGGAGAAGACUGUGGCCCUGGAGAAGGAGGCUCGGAGCCUGGAGAGGACAGAGCCAGCCCUGAGAGAGAGGCUGAGCCAGAAGCAGCAAGGGGUGAACGAGGCCUGGCUGCAGCUCGAGAGGGAGGCCAAGCAUCGUAAGGAGAAGCUCCAGGCCGCUCUGCAGCUUCAGUGCUUCAAUGCUGACCAGCGUGAGCUCCUCCACUGGGUCCAGAAGGUCACGACCUUGAUGUCAGAGAGCGGGAUGCCCAAGAGCAAGAGCGAGGCUGAGAGCCUGAGAGCAGAGCACCGAGAGAGGAAGGCGGAGAUUGAUGCACGACGGGAGCGCUUCGACUCUGUGAAGAGCUGCGGCCACAAGCUGACCUCCUCCGGACACUACGCCUCCGCUGAGAUCCGACAGGCCCUGGGCAUGCUGGAGGAGGCUCGGGCCGGGAUGGACCGGGCCUGGCAGGAUCGCAGCCUGAGACUGGACCAGGCGCUGGAGCUGCAGAUAUUCUACGGCUACGUGGAGCAGAGUGAGAGCUGGCUGAGCAACAAGGAGGCUUUCCUUGCCAUUGAAGACCUGGGGGACUCCUUGUCCACUGUGGAGGCUCUUCAGAGGAAGCACCACCACUUCGAGAAGACCCUGGAGGCUCAGCUGGAGAAGGUGGAGGCCAUGGAGAGGUUUGCACGACAGCUCACCCAGAAACAGCACUUCGACUCGGAGAACAUCGCCAGCAAGAGCCAGGCCGUGCUGCUCAGGAAGGGGAAGCUGCUGGAGAGCUGUGCGGAGCGCAGGGGGAGGCUGCAGGAAUCCUGGCAGCUAUACAAGUUCCUGGGAAACAGCUAUGAGGUGUGCUCCUGGCUCAAUGAGAGGAACGCAGUGGCGCUGGAUGAGAGCUGGAGGGACCCAACAAACCUACAGGCCAAGCUGCAGAAACACCAGAGCUUCGAGGCAGAGAUCACAGCCAACCAGAACCGCGUGCAGGCCGUCACCGCGGAAGGGGAGGCGAUGCUGGCCGCGGGACACUUCACCUCAGACAAGGUCAGCCCGAGAUUGCAGGAGCUGCAGAGACUCUGGGAGCAGCUCCACACAAACUGCCAGGAGAAGAGGAGCCGGCUGCUGGAAGCUUACCAGGCCCUGCAGUUCCAGCGCUCCCUGCAGGAUCUUGAUGACUGGCUGUGCUCGGUGGAGGCUGAGCUCUCGAACCCAGACUGCGGCUCGGACCUGCCCUCCGUCACCUGGAUGCUUAAGGUCCUGGAGGGUGUGGAGGAAGGGGUCGAAGGUCACCUCGAGAGGAUCCGGGCGCUGGUCGAGAGCGCCAAGCGCUUCCGGGUUGAGGGGAACUUCCUGGCAGAGGAGAUCCAGCAGCGUGUGGGAGAGACGGUGCAGAGGUAUAACAUGCUGUCAGAGCCCCUGGAGGAGCGCAGGGAGACCCUGGAGGCGUGGCAGCUGCUGUUCCAGUGCUACCGGGACCUGGAGGACGAGCUGAUCUGGGUUCGAGACAGGCUGCCCCUGGCAUACUCGCAAGACUGGGGCAACUCGGUGCACAGCACACAGGCACUGCUCAAGAAACACCAGGCUCUGGUCAGUGAGCUGGUCAGUCGGGAGCCCCUGGUCCGAGCUGUGCUCGAGGCGGGGCAGAGUCUGGUUAAGGGGCGACAUUUUGCCUCUGCAGAGAUCGGGAGCCGUCUGUCUGAGCUGAGGGAGGCCGUGCACAGCCUACAGGGGGAGGCAGAGAGCCGGGGCAGGAAGCUGCAGGAGGCCCUGCAAAUACAGACCUUCCUCUCAGAGCUGUCGGAGCUGGAGUCCUGGAUGGGGGAGCGGCGCCCCCAGCUGGAGACCUCUGAUUUCGGGCGGAGUGAGGAGGCGACCCUGGCGCUGCUGCACAAGCUGGACUCCAUCGAGCUGGACCUGCAGAACUGCCAGGCCCAAGUGGACUUGUUGCAGGAGUCAGGGACCAGGCUGGAGCGCUGCCAGCACCCCGACAGUCACCUGGUCUCGGAGCGGCUGGUGCCCAUGUUGGAUCAGUACCGGUCCCUGCUGCAGCUCUCCACGGAGCGGCGGGCCAUCCUGGAGGAGCAGAACCAGCUGUACGUGUUCGAGAGAGAGGCCCGUGAGUUCAGCAACUGGGUCAGCACCAAGAAGAUCGCAACAGAGUCUGAGGAGUACGGGCAAGACCUGGAGGAUGUGGAGGUGCUGCUGAAGAAGUUUGAGGAUUUCACUGCGGAAGUGAGUGCACUGGGUCAAAGCAAACUGGAGGCCGUGCUACAGCUGGGACAGGAAGUGAGGUCACCCGAGGGCCAGGAUAGAGAGGCAGAGCUGCUCCAGCUGUGGGAGGGAUUAAAACAGGCGAUAGAGACUCGAGGAAAGAACCUGCAGUCCGCUCGCGAGGUGCACCAGUUUGACCACGAUGUGGACGAGCUGAAGAGCUGGAUGAGUGAGAAGAUGGCCGGGCUGGACUCUGAGGACCACGGGACAGACCUGCUGAGCGCACAGGCCCUGCUGAGACAACACGAGGGGCUGGAGCGUGACCUGGCUGCGAUCGAGAGGAAGGUGUCGGACACGUGUGCUGAGGGCUCGGAGCUGAGCGACCGGUACCCGCAGGUUCGGGACAGCCUGAGCAAGCGACUGGAGGAGGUGGAGCUCAGCUGGGAGAGCCUGCGCAGGAAAGCCAGCGCGCGCAGGGAGAUACUGAGCCAGGCAGUGACCGCGCACAUGUACUUCAGUGACUGGAGAGAACUCACUGCCUGGCUGAACGAGACCCAGUCCCUGCUGGGUGCGGAGGAGCUGGGGGGGGACGGGGGGGAGGCGGAGCUGCAGCUGAAGAGGCACGAGGAGCACAGCAGAGAGAUGGAGAAGCAGGCAGAGAAAGCGCAGGCCGUGAGGGAGCAGGGGCGCCACCUGCUGGACACAGAGAACUUCAUGAGCAGAGAGGUUGAGGAGAAGCUGGAGGAGCUGUCUGCGCUGGAGACUCAGGUUCUAGAGAGCUGGGAGGCGCGGAGGGAGCUGUACCAGGAGGAGAUGGAGAUUCAGAGUCUGCAGAGAGAGCUGGAUGAGGCAGAGCGGUGGAUGAGCGCCAGGGAGACUGCACUGAGCGAGGAGAGAUACGGGGACUCGGUGCCGGACGUGCUGGAGCUCCUGAAGAGACAAGAGGACCUGGAGGCCAUGCUGUCAGCACAGGAGGAGAGAUUCAACCAGCUACUGGAGAGGAGGACCAAGAGAGAGCGGCGCCUGCAGGAGCUGCAGGGAGGCGGGUCCAAGGAGAGGGAGAGGGUGAGCAGGGUGCCCUCGCUGCAGAGGAAACCCUCCGACCAGCGAGCGGGGGGGGUGGUGGCGAGGGGAAUCAAACCCAGCCCCCUGUCCUUGCAGCAGAGUCAGACCUGGAGGGCCAGCAGCAGCUUGGGGGGUGACACCAUCCUGUCCCCUGUCAGGCGCUCUGCACGAACCCCCCCCUCCCCUUCCCCCCGACCCCUGGGACUGCAGACCACCGUCCCAGCAGGGAAGAGGAACCUGAUGACCCCAAACUCCCCCACUAAACCCCCCCUGCUACCCAAACCUUCCCUGACACAGCCCCACUCCCCUCGUGCCCCUCUCUCUCUCUCCCCUCUCUCCCCUCCCUCCCCUUCCUCACAGCUCCCUGCCCCAAACCCCCCGGACCCCCAACCCCCCAGCCCCUCGAAAGCUCAGGAGCCCCCUCCUCGUGCUGCCCCCAGACUCGCUGUGACAGAGGAGCCACUGCUGUCUGCUCCCAGUCCAGCUCUGCAGGAGGAGUGGGUGGAGAAAUUUCAACAGAACUCCACGGCAGCGCUGUCAGAGCCGGACAGUCCAACUCAGCAGACCCAGCCCAGUGUGAACGGAACCGCCCAGCCCACUGCCCCCCACGAACUGCAGAUCCAAAGUGAAGCCCCUCAGCCAAGACCCCGCAGCGUGAUCGGAGAGAGCUCCCCCAAACUCUCACCCAGGACAGGGGGGGACAAAGAGAGGCAGGGCAGCAAAGACAUCCUCCCCAGGAGGACCCCGUCUUUCAAGCUGAGGCAGGGGGGGGAGGAGGGCCCCCCGCAGCCCGACGAGACAGAUUCAGUUAUCAGCCCCGAACCCUCUCCCCCGCCUCCCGUCACCCCGCUCCCCACUGCCACCAGGCUCUCCUCGGGACCCCUGGUCUCAGAUAAAGAGGAGGGGCUGUCCGCUGUGCCAAAUCUGGGGUCCUCAAAGAGGAAAGCCCCGUCCCCACCCCCCUCACAGCCAGCUGAGGACACGGGUCCCGAUGACAGUGCAGAGGUUACCAUGAAAGCAGCAGCCCCCCCCAAGCCCCCGCACACAUACUACAACCGGCACAGCUUCCCGGAGUUGGUGGAGGAGAGCCGGACCGAGGAGCAGGACCAGGGGAGCCCCGCUGCAACCACACACAGCCCUGCCUCAGGGUUCCGCGCUCAGAACCUGAGGACGAGGAGCCUGCCCCCCCACAACACUGCCCCCCCGGCAGCCUCGACGCACAGUGACAGCGGCAGCAAUGAGAAGCCAAAGAAAGAAAAGAGUCUCUUCAAGAAACUCUUCAAGAAGUGAUCCACCAUCACUGCUUGGAGACUGUCAGCUAUUCAGACAUCCUAAAUAAAACCUUCCAUUCCAGUCCCGGACCUGGAUAUUGAACUGGAUAGGAAUGGACGGACAGAGCUGUUAAAUUAGCAGAGAGAACCAAUCAACCUCUUGAUCUGGAGAGAGGAAUGGAGAGCCUAGUAGGGCACUAGCUAGAGAUUUUGUUUUUGUUUUUCUGGAAAGCUUGAUUUCUGUAAAUAAAUCAGAACACAUAUUUAUUGAGGUUUUUGAAAGGAUAUAAACGUGGGAUAUUUUUUUUUCUAUAACAAGAGUUUUGCAGCUGAUUCGCUUUGAUGGUUAAUAAUGUGUAUAAAUCUAACGGUAUUGUUCAUGGCCAGGGAGCCCUGAGACAGCUCGCCUGCUUUACUGUUUGCUUUACUGCUCUGCUGCCUCUGUCCGUGCAGGGCUGGCUCUGUAUCUCACGUGUGGAUGACCUUCCUGUGAUCUACCUGCCAGUAUACACUAUCUAUCUAUCUAGCUCUCUAGCUCUUUAGCUCUCUAGCUAUUAAUUGUAUUAUUACUUGUACUGUGAUUCUUGAAAUGUAUUUCCCUUUACGACUGUAAGUCGCACUGGACAAGGGCGUCUGCUAAGAAAUAAAUAAUAAUAAAUUUAUAUAUAUAUAUAUAUAUAUAUAUAUAACCAUGCAGGCUCUGACUGUACAUCGCCAUAAAGAGAUGUUUUGUUUUUUAAUGAGAAUAAAGUACUUGGAAUUCAAUCCUUCAUGUCUAGGGAAAUGUUUUAUAAAGGCGUGCUUACAGCACGGGCAGUCCAGGGUUAAUCAGCUUAAGAGCUCUGGGGAAGGCACUGUAACUAACAGGGAUUUGAAAUAAGACUCCUAUUGCACAGCAGUCUCACCCAGUCCAGGUUUCACUACCAGCUUGAUUAGCCCCAGUGUCUAAGGUAACAAGCUCAGGAGUGUCUUAUUAAACUCAUAGCAGAGUGUACAGUUAACAAUAAUUAAUAAACUCCCAUUUAAACCAGGAAGGGAUCAAACUGCUGGGCUUUUUUCAACCAUUGAUAGAUUCAUAAAUCCACCGCUUCCUUCUGCUGAACCCUCUCCCACGAAGUGGGAAGAAUUUCAGAACAACAUGACUGAUAUCAGUGAUCAGAUUCCUCUGGAUGGUUUUUAUUUGUACGUGCCCAUUGGACUGAUCAGCUGUUUUUCCAAAUAACCAAGUGAUAAAUUGCAGGUACAAAUACAGAACCGUGCUAUAGAACUCCUUCCAAACUUUAAACAACUUCUUUCAGCCCCCGUGUGCCGUUUCAUGGUCCUUCACCUGUCCUUGAUCAUAAGGGCUGUCCUUCCUCCAGACCCCUUCCUUUAUCCCUGCUGUCCUCUUCGGGGUCUAGUGCUGCUGGAGCUCUGAUACCUAAACACCACUCAUAACUGCCUAUUGAGGAAGGAGUGUUGGUCAUGUAGUUUUGUCAGUUGUAAUCAAUUACAAGUGGAGGUGGUGCACAGGAAAGUGUACCUCAUAAUGGAGUGACAAGAAAACACCCAACUACUUGAAUGUACUUGAUAGUCGUAGUGCUUUUCCAUUGACAGUCUAGGAAAUGAAUCCAUUCCUUGACAAGAAUAGAAGGCUCAGAGUGAAAGCAUGCUGGCUUAGUGAUUGAGCCCACUGUGCUGUCUGACUUCCAUGUAAAAGGGUGAUGUUGCAUUUUGUUUGUAGGCAAUUAAUCAAGUCUUUGAAAAUAAAGAAUUGCGAUCCUCUGUGUCAUUUGUGGAUUGUAAGGCAAACCUUAUAGGUGUAUACAAUAAAGAACAUAUUAUUUUUGGAA